CCCGUCUCGUUAGAGUCCCGCCGGCGAGAGGGGGCCCAGUGGUGACUGUUGGCGGACCUGGGCUCAAAGCCCCCUCUGAGCUUGCGCAUACUCGGCUGCUGCAGCCCUCUAAGCUGCGGAGCCCGAGUCGGUUCCGACGCGGAAGUGUUUCUCAGGGCCAGUUUUUGUGAUGGUCUCCUCUGCAGUGAGCAGAAAAUCUAUCGUCAAGAGGCCCAGUGUCCUGCGCUAAGGAUUCAUACGCACUUCUGAGGCCCCUCCUUAGGCACGCCCGACCUUUCCCUCCCCCUUUUCCCCUUGCCCACGCCCCAACGUAGGGGCCUGGUGUGAAUGCUCCAGCCGAAGUGAAGCUGCACCUGAAGGUUUCCUCUGGCUCCUGGGCAAGCCGGCCCCAGUGAGCUGAGCCUUCACACAUCUCUGCCUUUUCCCGAGAAGAGUAGGAAAUGGCCAAACCCCAGGGACUCGUGACAUUUGAGGAUGUGGCUGUGGAUUUCACUCAGGAGGAGUGGCAGUACCUGAACCCGUCACAGAAGUCUCUAUACAGAGAAGUGAUGCUGGAAACCUAUAGCAACCUGGUCUCUGUGGCAGGGCAACAGGUUACCAAACCAGACCUCAUCCUCAAAUUGGAGGUAGAAGAGCCAUGCCUGGCAGAGACAGAAAUCUCAACUUGGGGCUUUCCAGAAGAAGACUAUCAAACUGAUGAACAGAUUGAGAGACAGCACCAAGAUGACCAAGCUAGGUAUUUGUUGAUGCAAAUUGGAUUCCCUGACAAGAAAACAAUUGUCACCAAGACUGACCAUGACCAUAAUGAAUUCGGAAACGUACUUCAUCUUAGUACAAACCUUGUGGCUUCACUACAAAGAUCCCAUAUACAUGAGUCAUUUGGAAAUGAUAUGGUAGAUAAUUUAGACCUAUUUAGCAGAAGCUCUGUAGGAAAGAAAUAUGAUAAUGAGUUUCCAAAAUUAUUCUUCCACACUGAGUAUGAGAAAACAACUCCUGGAAUAAAACCCCAUGGAUAUAAAGAAUGUGGGAAGGCCCUCAGGCGAAAGAAAGGUCUUAGUCUACAAGAGAGAAUUAAAAAUGGAGAAAAACCCUUUGAAUGCACGGCAUGUAGGAAAACGUUUAGCAAGAAGUCACACCUCAUUGUACAUUGGAGAACCCAUACGGGAGAGAAACCCUUUGGAUGUACUGAAUGUGGAAAAGCCUUUAGCCAAAAAUCUCAGCUCAUUAUACAUUUGAGAAGUCAUACAGGAGAGCGGCCCUUUGAGUGUCCAGAAUGUGGAAAAGCCUUCAGAGAAAAGUCAACUGUCAUCAUACAUUACAGGACUCAUACAGGAGAGAAACCUUAUGAAUGUAACGAAUGUGGAAAAGCCUUCACUCAGAAGUCAAACCUCAUUGUCCAUCAGAAAACCCACACAGGAGAGAAAACUUACGAAUGCACUAAAUGUGGGGCAUCUUUCAUCCAGAAGCUUGAUCUAAUUAUACAUCAUAGUACUCAUACAGGAAAGAAACCCCAUGAAUGUAAUGAGUGUAAGAAGACUUUCAGUGAUAAGUCAACUCUCAUUAUACAUCAAAGAACUCAUACAGGAGAGAAACCUCAUAAAUGUACCGAAUGUGGGAAGUCUUUCAAUGAGAAGUCAACCCUCAUUGUGCAUCAGAGAACUCAUACAGGAGAGAAACCCUAUGAAUGUGAUGUGUGUGGGAAAACCUUCACCCAAAAAUCAAACCUUGGUGUACAUCAGAGAACUCAUUCAGGAGAGAAACCCUUUGAAUGUAAUGAAUGUGAGAAAGCAUUCUCUCAGAAAUCCUAUCUCAUGCUACACCAGAGGGGUCAUACAGGAGAGAAGCCCUAUGAAUGCAGUGAAUGUGAAAAAGCGUUUUCCCAGAAAUCGUACCUCAUUAUACAUCAAAGAACUCAUACAGAAGAAAAACCGUAUAAAUGCAAUGAAUGUGGCAAAGCUUUCAGAGAAAAGUCCAAGCUCAUUAUACAUCAGAGAAUUCAUACAGGAGAGAAACCUUAUGAAUGUCCUGUAUGUUGGAAAGCUUUUAGCCAAAAGUCACAGCUCAUAAUACAUCAGCGAACACACACAGGAGAGAAACCCUAUGCAUGCUCUGAGUGUGGCAAAGCCUUCAGAGAAAAAUCCACAUUCACUGUACACCAGCGAACUCAUACGGGAGAGAAACCCUACAAGUGUACAGAAUGUGGCAAAGCCUUUACCCAAAAAUCAAACCUUAUCGUACAUCAGAGAACACAUACAGGGAAGAAAGCCCACGGGAAAGGCCACAGCCGGAAGUCAAAGCUCAUUGCACAUUAGAGAGUAUAUCAGUCGUGCCUGUUAAAUGUUAAUGUUCACAGAAGGCAGUUUUUUUUUUUGUCAGUUUACUUAACAUUUCAAAAGGAUGCUCGGACUUUCUGGUUUAAAUAGGGGGAGUAAAGUUAGCCUCUGUUUUUUUCAUCUGUCUUCACCCAGAAACUACCAGGAUAAAAAGCAGAAGUGUAAUGUCUGUAUCUGAGAAAAUGAGGAGAUAGUUAAAACCGUGAGGGGAGAGCUGCCAGAGGCAGAGGGAAGCAAGCGGUGGUGUGGCAGAUUGUGAGAGAACACUCACGGCUGCCGGUGUGAGACAGCACUGGGAAGGACUCUUAGUUGAGGUUUAGGAUAUACUCUGAGUGUAGGACAGCAUACAUCCACCAUAGUCGCAGAGGGGCAUGGGCAGGUGAGAGGUAGGAUGUUUCCUAGACCCGCUUGGGGUCUGAGGAGAUACAGGCAGAGGCCUCGGCAAGGAAUUGCUCAGACAAGCCAUAUUUGUAGAAAGUCGUCCGUACUCCUGAAACGAGCACUUGGCAGGGACUGGGGCAAGAGAAGGGAGUGUUCCUUGAGAAGGAACUUCUCAGCUGCCCCUGUUGAGAAGUCAACUCUAAAAGAAAUACCAAAUGGAGGAAAAGAACCAUCCCAAUUGUAAGAAAGACUCUUACCUGCCUAGAACAUGGCCCUGGUUUCUUACCGCACAUGAACCUCCAGAAAACAUCACAUCCAGGAAAAACUCUUAUUGAAACAAAAAACGAUUCCAAAGUAAUGAAAACCACAAAUGCAAGGCAAUGGCUUUUGAGUCAGUAAUUCCACUUCUAGGAACGUAUAUACUCAUGUAUGUGCAAAAUGAUGAACAUGUAGAUAUUCACUGGUGCACUGUUUGUGAAGACAAAUGUUAGAAGCUGUUCAGAUAACCAGAGUCUGGAUCCUAAAAUCUAGCCAUGCUCAUACAGCAAACUCCUAGGUAGACAAAAUGAAUAAACAUAGAAAGAGAACCUGGACAUCAUUUGGCCAGUGAUGUGGAUGAUCUCCAACAUACAUCAUUAGGUGCAAACAGAAGGGUGCAGGACAGUGAAUACCAUUUGUAUAUAAAGACAACAAAUGGCUAGUACAUAAAUGAGCAUAUAUGCAUAACUCUGGGAAGAUACAUGAGAAGCUGGGAACCCCGAUUACCUCUGGGAAAGAGAAGAAGUAGGUGGCUGGGGCAAUGGAGUUGGGAGGGAGACAACUGUGUAUGUCCGUUCAUAAGUUUUGAAAACCAUGCUAUGUGGAUGUACUAACUUUUCAAUAAAUAAAACUUUUUAAAAUGCAAA